GGCUGGACGCCUCGACCAUGGACAGGGACCUGAGUGAGGAGGACAGCAUGACUGACCUCAGCUUUGAGGCUGAGAGUCCUGUGAUGCCCCCUGAUGAGCUCCUCGAGGGAUUGCCCAGCUACGACUGGCAUCUUCAAGGGCGUGGAAGGCAGGUCUUCUUCCCGCCUUUGGAGGCCCUGGGGAGGUCCCAGGAGCCUGCAUGUUGGUCUUCAGUCCUGGAGCACAGCAGAGUCCCUGUGGUGACCGAGGAGGUGGCCCGUGAGGCCCUGCUCAGCUUCGUGAACUCCCAUUGCUGUUAUAGCAGUGCGGCUGCUGGCAACCUCAUCAUUCAGGAGCUGAGGCAGCAAACCCUCUGCAGGUAUCGGCUGGAGACCUUCAGCGAAUCCAGAGUCAGCGAGUGGACGUUUCAGCCCGUAACCAACCACUCGGUGGAUGGACCACAGAGAGGCACCUCCCCUAGGCUUUGGGAUAUGAAGGUCCAGGUGCCUCCGAUGUUCCAGGAAGACACCAGAAAGUUCCAAGUGCCCCACUCCUCCCUGGUCAAGGAAUGUCACAAAUGCCACGGGCGUGGUCGCUACAAGUGCAGCGGCUGCCAUGGGGCUGGCAUGGUGAGGUGUUCAUCCUGCAGCGGCACCAAGCGCAAAGCCAAGCAGCCCCGGAGAUGCCACCUGUGUGCUGGCUCUGGCCGACGCAGGUGCAGUACGUGCUCUGGGAGAGGGAACAAGACAUGCGCCACCUGCAAGGGCGAGAGGAAGCUGGAGCACUUUGCCCAGCUGGUCAUCAUGUGGAAGAACAGCCUGUUUGAGUUUGUGUCCCCACACCACCUCCACUGCCCCAGGGAGCUGCUUGCCAAAGCCAGAGGGGAAAAUCUCUUCAGGGAUGAGAAUGCCACGGUGUACCCCAUUGUGGAUUUCCCCCUGCAGGACAUCUCUUUGGCCUCCCAGAGGGGCAUCGAGGAACACAGUACCAUGCUGGCCUCCCGUGCUCGCAUCCUUCAGCAGAUGUUUCUCUACUCUGGGGGCCCCUUUCACCACUCCUAGGAAAGUGACAUGAUGACCUUGGACCUGAGUUCCAAGGAAUGCAGAAGAAUUUUGGCAGCUUAAUGGUAUGUUGGUGCCGAGCACUUAGCAAAGCCACUGCAUCUUGAAUUCACUCAUCUGCCCCACAGCUUCCUCUGAGGGAUGUCUGUGCAGUCAGCGGCCUUUGGAGAAUAUACAGAAGACAUAGGGAAGGGUUUCUGAUGUGUGGAUACAAAGAGUGGUGGGCACAUAGUAUAGGUGAAGCUCUGGAGCCCUGAAUCUGUGUGGGCCAUUCAAACAAAACCACU